CCCCAUCGCGCGAUGCGGCCGGAGAGCGGAGUCCCGACCUAGCCCUAGCCACCGCCACCGCCACCGCCACCGCCUUGCUCGGUUGUGAUCGGUUCCCCGACCUCGCCGCCCGACCGCCCUACCGGGGCCGGGGGCGCUAUCCGUCCUCACAGGGAUCGUACACACGCUCCGUUGUUCCGGCGCGGGUGACACCGCGUCACCGCUAGGGCCUGGGGCUCGACGUCCUCGCCUCACCUGUAUUUCGGAAGACCGUCGCCCGGUUGGUACCUCUGAUUGCAUGUUUACUGCUAGGAAUGGAUGCCGACGGGGUGGGUUUAGCGGCUUAGCGCGUAUCACCGACCCCCAAUUUCCUGUGCUCCUACUAAUCCGAGUAGAGGUUAUAGCAGAUGUAAGGUUGUAUUCCCUCUAAACGAGGUGAGGGUAUAGCAGGUGGAGGGUUUGAAUCAAGUAUACUACCUUACGUUGGUGGUAGUUGUUGGAAAUGAUUUCCGGUUCAACUAUGGUGCUGUUAGAUGGAUUGGUGGAGGUGCUAUUUCCUUCAGAAUAUUAUGUGACUUGUUUGUAGGUAGGGUUAGUCUUUUAGGGUUUGGGUGCCUGCAUGAACUGCUGAUGCAAUCCAAUAGUUUUUCUUUACCGCUUACUAUGUUUUUAAUGCACUUUGUCGCGAUAUGAAUACCGAGACCUGCUAUUUGCGUCGUUUUGAGAUGGUGUAUGGUUUUAAUAUGCCGUUACAGGAUGUUGUUUUUGUCGAUUACUUUGACUCACGUGUCCCGCCUGUGACAGUACGAUCCACUUUUAUUUGUUGGACGAUCACUUUUUUGAACUGCUUACCUUUUAUUAGGCACAUAUGAAUAUGAUUUGUGGGUCCUCGAGUAUUUAGUCAGUUGUGUACGCCAUACUUCGAAAACUUCAGUACUAUGGAUUAAUAUAGUGGAAGAUUUGUCAAGAAUUUCCGUAUGUAGGUUCCCCCCAAAAACAAUUUCUUGGCUCGCAAGUUGCAGCGCGAAUUGUCCUGCCAUCUAUUUUACUAUUUUAGAAAGCAUUUAAUUGUCACGGUUUAAUGUAGCAGAACAGAUUGGAUAUAGCUGUGUAUUCGAGACAUCUGCUCAUUAUCUUAUACAGGGCAUGCUCCAUCACUGAGGUCAAAACGUAGGGAGAUCUGUAAGUUGUAUACCAUAUUAGGCUUAGUUUAUUCUUUUAUCCUUCUUCAUUUGUUCUGCUAGGAACUGAGCUAUCCCAUGGCAUCACCACAAGAAUCCAGUUCCUUGUGCUUGAAGCGCAAGCUUGUUGAUGACUGCCUGUCAAAAGACUGCAAGUCUCGUCGUGUCAAAACUGAGGAUGGACCGUCAUCUGAUUCAUCUGCCAAGCGCUGCAAAUGCUGCUGCACUCGACCUAACCUUGCUAGUGACUGUGUCAAUUACCUAAAAAGUGGAGUGCCUAGCCGUGUUAUGUUUUAUAAACAGGGUUCCUGGCACAAUUUUCCUGAGCAGAUAAUGAAGUCUCUCAUUGAAGAAUUUAGAGGCAAUAAAUCCAGUGUUGUUGCUGUGAUGGAAGAGGAGCCUGUUCUUGUUGAUUUCUUGUCAAUGACCAUGGUCAACCUAAAAUCUAGAAAGCAGCGGUCUGUGGCAUGGUUCGAUGACACUGGGAAGUGCUUUUAUCCUUCUCUAUUCUUUGAUGAGGAAGCUGAUGAAGCGGCUAAAGAAGGUGGUGAUUUUGAGGGUGCCACACAGGGAAUAAUGUUGGAUAAGGUUGCAAAUUCUCCACCAGAAGUGGUGAAGCAAGUUGUCCUUGAAUCUAGUCCUCCUGUUCCACAGAAGCCUUCCACUGCAGAUAUAUUACGCAAGAAGAUAGCAUCUGUGGAACGAGGCAGUGAAGGCUUUCUUUUUGCACAGGACCUUUUCCUCUCUGGCAUGGGUCCAUUUGCAACACUGAAUAACAUACUGCACAUCCACCGAUACUCUCCAAAUGAUAUCACUGCACAGUGUAGACUUCAAGCUUUUGAAAAACAAAUGAUGUCCACCAAGGAAGAACGUGGUGAUGCAAAUGUAAGGUAUGGAUGGCUGGGUUCUAGGAAGAAUGACAUAGUUAGGAUUCUUAUUAAUGGUUUUGGUAGCAAUGGAAAACCUGCUGAGAAGGCAGGAUUGAGUGCUGGUGUUUAUCUUUCACCGGAAGACCGAGCAUUUUCUAGUGUUGGUCUUUGUGAUGUUGACGAAAAAGGAGUACAGUAUAUGUUGUUGUGCCGGUUGAUAUUGGGCAACAUGGAAGCUGUCAUGCCUGGAUCACAAGAUUCUUUUCCAAGCAGUGAGAUAUAUGAUUCUGGUGUUGAUGAUUGCUCAAACCCAAAGUGCUACGUCAUGUGGCCAUCUCAUCUUAGCACCCAUAUUCGUUUAGAAUAUCUUGUUAGUUUCAGGCUUUCCUCAAAAGUUCGAAAUUAUUUACUUGGCUUGAAGGGUUUAUGGUUUCACCCAUCACCGAAGGAAGUUGCGGUGGAUAUUUCUACUCUUGUACCUAUAAUGAGCGAAACUGCUGAGGGACCAACAUCCCCUUGGAUAUCCUUCAGAGUUCUUUUUGCCAUGAUUCAAGACAAUAUAUCAUCUGUAGCAAGGGAAUUGCUCUUCCAUCAUUAUGAAGAGUUGAAGGAAAACAAAAUAACUCGUGAGGAGAUGGUAAAGCAGAUGAUAAUAUUGGUUGGAGAGAAGUUACUUUUGGAAACCUUGAAGAGGCUUCAUUACUGUCCAUCAUUAUGGUAUAAGUCUUCAGUCGAAGUAGCAUCUUCUGAUCCUGCAAGGACGGCUGCAGAAGACAGGCUCUUGGAUAAAACAACUGGGAAUUGUUCAUUAACUACUAGUGUAAUACAUGCCCCAAAUGCGGUAGCUGAAAACAGCACCAAUCUUUGCGCCAAAGGAUGUGAUGCUCCUGCAAUAGGUACGAUUCCAAAGGGCUACAAUUCUCUGGUACCAAAAGCUGUGCCGGAAACUUCUAGUUCUGCCAAUGCUAUAUACAGGGGUUCUCCAAAUCUGGAACCCAAAGUGAGGAAUCCUCCAAUACAAACCAUGUUAUCAGGAAGCAGUGCUCCACUUCAUGCCAAAAAGCAAGAUCCAUUGGUAUCAAGAAUGCCUCCUAUAGUUCAUAAUGGCCUUGUAAGGAUGCCAUCUGGAAAAUCAACUUCUCUUGCAGCACAAGUUUGCAAUUCUGUUAAGCCAAGCACAGGCCCUUCAGGUUGUGCUUCUACUAAUACCUCUAAAAGAGGUGGGAUUUUUGCUCCAGGUAUCAGUCCAAUGGGCAGUGAAUCGCUUGCUCCAGGUAUUGGUCCAAAGGGCAGUGAAUCGCUUGUUCCUAGCUUGGCAUUGGGAAACUCCAAAUGUGCAGGUGUUGCAGGUCUGAGUUCUGCACCAAGAGUAACACCUAAAGAUAAGGAAUUUCUUUCAUUGAGUAUUGCAUCGCACCACCCAAUUAAAGUCCAUGAUGGGACGUCAGGUGCCGCACGUCCAGUCCAUACACCAACACCAGGGCAUGGAAAUCCUAAAUCUUUGGCUACCGAGGCCUGUGAUCCUCUAUCUCUGAGUAUUGCACCGAAAGCCCAUGACCCUGCAGCAUCAAGUAAGGAGCCCAAGGACAAUGCAUCUCCAAUAGCAGGCAUGGUGCCAGAAAGCCAGCACUCUCAAGCUCCUAGUGUGGCCACCAAGGGUAACUAAGGAACCAAAGGAGCAGCAUUUGCAGAGCGUAGCGAACAGUCAGUCGUCAGGGCCAGACGUUGAUGCUAGCAGCAGCAAUGUCACU